CCAUCUCCCCGACGCCGUCGUCCGUCUCGCCCUCCCAACUCCCAAGAGGCCAAGCUCCAGCUCUCGCCUUCUCCUCUCCACCUUCCGCGUGGGUCUUCCACGUUCACCAUCGGUCCGCCCGCGCGCGUGACCGCAUCAUUGCGCCAUCAGCCGAGCCGCCCAGUCCCUCCCUCUCCCCCAUCGCCGCGCCGGACGACCGGACCAAACGCCACCGAACGCCAUAAUGGAUUAAUGGUGGGCAAGUACGAGUAGGAAGGAAGGAGAGGGGCUAUACACUACACUACACUGCCUGUCUGCCUGCUCCACUUCACUCCAGACCUCUGAGCGCGCGUCGUACUUGUACCGUUCGUGAGCGCGCCCGCACCAGCCACCAGCUCCGGCAGCGGCAGCGGCAGCGGCAGGCAGGCACGGGAUGGGGUGCAAGGGGUCCAAGCUCGACGACCAGGAGGCCGUCGCGCUCUGCCGCGCGCGCGCCGAGCUGCUCGCCGCGGCCGUCCGCCACCGCUACGCGCUCGCCGACGCGCACGCGGCGCUCGCGGACUCCAUCGAGUCGGUCGCCGCGCCGCUGCACCGCCUCCUCCGUCUGCAGCAGGCGGCCGAGUCGCCGCCGGGGCUCACGCUGCCCUCCGCGCGCAAGGGCGGUGGUGGCGCGCCCGCCAGCCGGCUGCCGCGCUCCUUCGACACGUCGUCUGCCCACGCCCAUUCCUCGCGCCUCCAGUUCGGCGCGUCGCCCGGAUCCGAGCCGGCGUCGUCGCCGGCCGAGGCCGACUCGCCUCCGCGCCGCGUCCCCGAGCAGCUGCAGCAACCGCACCCGCACCCGCAUUACGCCGCGUACGGGUACGAGUACGACUACGCGACGCAGCCCGCGUACGCGUACCCGGCGCCGGCGGGCUCGCUGCAGUUCUACUACGCUCGCAGCCGCCCGCCCCCCGCGUCCGUCGCCGUCACGCAGCGCGCGCCGGGGCCGCCGGAGCGCGUGCGCUUCGGCUCCUUCGACGCGCCGGGCGGCUACCCGCAGCACCACUACGCCUACAGCGCCCAGCGGGCCCCGGCACCGCCUCCGGCAGCGCUGCAGCGGGCGGCUCCGCCUUCGCCGCCGAAGGCGAGCUCGUGGGACUUCCUCAACGUGUUCGAGAACUACGACUCGUACGACAGCUACUACUACGACUCCGCCACGGCAGCUGCUGCGGCCGCGGCGCCGUACACGCCGAGCCGGAGCUCGCGGGAGGUGCGCGAGGAGGAGGGCAUCCCGGACCUGGAGGACGACGACGAUGAAGACAGCUUGGUCGUCAAAGAGGUGGCCGGGCAGUACUCAGCGCCUGGGAGUGGCGGUGCCCGCAGCCGGCGCAGCUCGCUUGGCGGUGUCAGUAGCACCGCCGAGCUCGACCAGCCGGAGAAUGUUAUCGCCCACAAGGACGUCAUCGGCGAGUUACGGCGAAGGCCAACAGCACAUGGUAAUGUGUCGGUGCACGCUCCACCACCUCCCGCGCGGAGGGCCGUUGACAAUGCGAAUGUAGCUGGCGAAAUCAAGGCACAGCUUGUGCGCACGGCCGAGGCGGCUAGGCAGCUCGCGCCGAUGCUCGAAGUCGGGAGGCCAAGCUACCAAGGCCGCAGCUCAGUCUACCAAUCUUCCUCGAAGAUGAUGUCGGCUAUCUCCGUAGCUCAUUUGGGGUGCAAAGACAUGGACGUGUUGGACGUCGGAGUGGUAGGGAAGAUGGUGGACACGCGGAGCCUAUCCUCGGCACUUGAGAAGCUCUAUUUCUGGGAGAGGAAGCUGUAUAAUGAGGUCAAGGCUGAGGAGAAAAUGCGCUUACUUAUUGCCAAAAACUCCAAGCGACUGAAAUUAUUAGAUCAAAAGGGUGCAGAGCCUCAAAAGAUUGAUGCAACUCGAAAUUUGCUGAGGAAGCUUUCAACAAAGAUAAGGAUAGCUGUGCGUGUUAUAGCCAAGAUUUCAAGAAAAAUAAACAAAUUAAGGGAUGAGGAAUUGUGGCCGCAAGUCAACGCUUUGAUCCAAGGGUUUGUAUUAAUGUGGCAUGAUAAAUUGGACUGUUACCAUAGUCAGUGUCAAGUGAUAUCAGAAGCCAAAAACUUUACUUCAGUUUUGUCAGGUGGAAAUGGCCAGGAUUUGGUGUUGGAGCUUGAGGUAGAGCUGAUUAAAUGGAUCAUCAGUUUUUCCUCUUGGGUGAAUUCACAAAGAAACUUUGUUAAGGCACUGAAUGGAUGGCUAGCACUCUGUCUUAAUUACGAGCCUGAGGACAACACUACUGGAGUUCCACCUUAUUCACCAGGAAGCAUAGGUGCUCCAUUGGUUUUUGUUACCUGCAACAAAUGGUCUCAAGCCAUGGAUCGGAUUUCUGAGAAGGAUGUGGUUAACACCAUGCAAGCUCUUGUGUCUAGCGUGCGGCACCUGUGGGAGCAGCAGCAUCUUGAGCAAAGCGAACAAAUAAUCUCGAUUCGAGAAAGGGAAAAAUGGAUCAAGAUUUUGGAGAGGAAGACCCAAGAGAUUAAUAAGGAGGCAGAUGAACUAAACAGGAAGCUGGCGUUAAUACCAAGCCGGCAGAGACUGCAUGUGCCUCGGAGUGUACAACUGUACGAGGCGCAUUGUGUUGAGGCAAGUAACUUGCACAUAAAUCUGAGGCUGGUUCUUGAAGCUUUAGAGAACUUUGCUGCCAAUUCAUUGCAAGCUUUCCAGGAUGUGUCAAAAAGUGCUGAAGGGACAAGGCUGCCAAGAGAUAAUGUGAGGAGAGAGCACCAUAGUUCGAAUAGAAGUUUAAACUACAAAACCAGCUCGUAAGAUGCAGAGCUGGUAGCAUGAUGACUCGUUCAGGUGUAGCGUGGUGGCUUCCUGUGCAGAUGAAACUUGGAUGGGGUCCUGUGCCACAGACACAACUUGAAUGGGUUUUUGAGCCGUUGAAAAUCUGACAUUCAGUUUGGGUUAGUGAUAGAUUUUUUUUGGGGGGCAAGAAUAGAAAAAUCCAUUCAGAAAGAGCGUUUUGCCCAGUGUUCAGGUGCGUUAUUUGCCUUGGUUAGGUCACAAGGUUAUACCGGUUGCGAAGACUGAGCAGAAAUAUGGUGCAGGCUCGGGGCGGUUCCUAGAUGUCGCUUCUAGCCUUCUACGAAGUACUAACCCGGCUACACGAAGUUGGAUUUUGGUGACAGUGUAUGUAAAGUGACUGAAUGUAAAAUCAGUCAAAUGUGCAUUCCUGAACGAUCUUUUGCCACACGAAGUUGUACAUAUUUAUGGUGUAUUUGCAAUCAUCUUACUUUGCA